AUGAAGAGGCCCCGGGUGGAGAGGCGGAGAUGUGAGUCCUCAGUUCCAGCUGCAGAGGAAUUGGUGGAGAGCAGCAACAGGGAACAGCAAGACCGAAACAGAGUUACUGAAGAACUUACAAUGGUUGUCCAAGAAAUGAAGAAAUAUUUCCCAUCAGAGAGACACAAUAAGCCAAGCACUCUAGAUGCCCUCAGUUAUGCCCUUUGUUGUGUGCAUUGUGUGCAUAGUGUGCAGGCAAACAGUGGGUUUUUCCAGAUUCUCAGUUGAAAUGGAGCAUGUCAGGCAGAUGUGACAUACAGUCUUGAGGAUCUGGGUGCUAUUGCUUCAGAACACACUUCCAGAAACACAGACACCUUGGUGGCAGUGUUUUCAUUUCUGUCUGGAAGGUUAGUGCACAUUUCCGAACAGCCUGCUUCGAUCCUGAAUUGUAAGAAAGGUUGCUUGGAGUUGUCUCACUUUGUUGACCUGCUCGCUCCUCAGGAGGUGAGUGUGUUCCAUAUGCACACUGCCCCAGCUCAGCUGCCCUUUUGGAACAACUGGACCCAAAGAGCAUCACAGUAUGAAUGCGCUCCCGUGAAAUCCUUCUUCUGCAGAGUCCGUGGAGGUGAAGACCAGAGAAAGCAAGAGAAGUAUUACUUCCCAUUCCAGAUCAUUCCCUACAUGAUUCAUGUAUGUAGUUCUGUCCAACCAGAAUCGGAACCCUGCUGUCUCAAACUGGUUGAAAAGAUUGACUUUGGUUAUGGAGCUCCUAGAAUACCAGAUAAGAGAAUUUUUACCACAACGCACAGCCCAGGGUGGGUUUUUCUUGAAGUAGAUGAAAGAGCAGUGCCUUUGCUAGGUUACCUACAUCAGAACCUGAUCGGGACCUCGAUCCUAACAUACUUGCACCCAGAAGAUCAUUCUCUGAUGGUUGCCAUACACCAGAAAUUUUUUUUUUCAAAAGUCUUGAAGUAUGCAGGCCAUCCUCCUUUUGAACAUUCUCCCAUUAGAUUUUGCACUCAAAAUGGAGAUUACAUCAUAUUGGAUUCCAGUUGGUCCAGCUUUGUGAACCGUUGGAGCCGGAAGGUUUCUUUCAUCGUUGGUUGGCAUAAAAUUUGA